CUCAAGUAGCUUUGAGGGGUUGAAACACCUUCGGAAAAAAAACGCGAGGAACUGUUUCCGCCUAUUUUAAACUAUCUACAUGAAACACUGAACAGAAACAGAGAGCUGUAGCGAGGCGCUGCGUAACCACGGAAACGGCCCCGUAAAGAACACAAACUGCAGAUGACGCGGUUAAUGUUGCAUCCAGAUCUAAACGGAUACAUGUCACACUGACUGCUUUAAAAAAAACUAUGGCUGAUGAUGAAGCAGUGACCAAACCGAAUCCCGAUUCUUCUUCUGAAUCUCCCGACCUUGAAAGCACCAACAGUAGCGUGGAUGCAUCUCGUCCCUGUGCCUCACAAACAGGAUAUGCAAGGAGGGACUUUAUCAUGAUGCCACCUGAAGAAAAGCUCAGACACUUUGAGGGACGAGCUCAGAACCAUGAAGAAAACCAAGAGUUUGAUGCUUGCAUCCAGGACCUGGUGCGUUGCGUGGCUCUUACGAGGCUGGUGUUUGGAGAGGGACAUCUGAAACUAGCCCAGGUCCAUGUCAGACUGGCUAAAGCUUAUUUCCAAUUCAAAGGCUGGGGUCUGCAGGCCAAGGAGCACCUGGCCCUGGCCAGAGAGCUGCUUCCCUUCUGCUCCUCCAUCUCAUCUUGUGAGGUCGAAAAGCUCGAGGCUCUCUUAUGCCUCCUGAGUGUUCACCUCACACAGGGAGGUUCUGCUCUUCUAACAGACAAAUAUCCUUUCAAUGAAUAUGUUUUACACAAUUUAACAGAAAUUAAUAUCAAGGCAAUCAACAACAUGAACAAACCCUUGACUCCUUUAACUCUCGAGGAGGCAGAAUCCUCUUUUCUGGAGGCAGAACAAGUUCUUGAGGAGCUUCAUCAACUUGGGGACAUCAACCAGGAAGAGAAGAUAAAGACUGAGCUGGAAAUCUGCAAUGGCCUAUUCAGGGUCUAUAAGAGACAGAACAGACCAGAGGAGGCCCUACACCAGUGUGAGAAGGCUCUGCAUUUGCUGACGGACUGUGGUAAACCAGAGAAGAUGUGCUCUGUCUACAGGGACAUGGCUGCUAUCGAACAGGACAAAGGUCAUGUGGACCAGGCCAUAGAGCAUCUCACCAAGGCUCAUGCCAUUGCUGUGAGUCACAGCCCAGAGGAGGUAGAGGGGGCUCACAUCUCCCACAGCCUGGCCCUCAUCUUCUCUGCAGCUACAGAGCCCCAUCACAAUGACUCCGCUGGUCGAUACUUUGAGCAGAGUCUAUGUGCAUAUAAGAAGUCUGUAGGUCCGCAGGAUCCAGCAUUUCUUGCUGUGCAGGAUGACUUCUGUCGUUUCCUCCUCUUCAGCGGCCAGCAAGAGAGAUGUGUGGAGAUACAGAAAGCUUCUCUCCCUUCAAAGAGAUCCACAUUCGGUGAGCUGAGUGCUGAGGUAGCAGAAACUCUUCAGCUGAUUGGAAGUGUGGAGAUGACUGAGGGCAGGAUGAAGCAGGCCCACAGGACCAUGACAAAGUGCCUGGAGAUCCUGAGUUUGUUGUAUGGUCAUCAACACAAGAAGACAAAAGCUACUCAAAAAGCCGUGGACAUGCUAGCCCGGGCACCAGAGGUGGUAGCUGAGAGACAUCAACGGAAAGGUAGAAGGAAAACAAAACCUCAAACAUCAUCAGUUGUACCAUCCAGUGGAGAUGAUGGAAACUCGAUGUCAGAUUCUUAAAAUCUUUUUUUAAUGUCUCCACAAUAAUCUUUUAGUUUUGGACCAAGGGCUUAAAACUCCUUUUGCAAUGCACAUGUUUAUCUGUUAGAUAACACAAGCAAGCAGCCACUGAUGUCAAAUAGCUUCUGCACUAAUCAUGUCUGCUGGCAUCACAUGACUUU